AUGGAGAAAGCACGCGCAGCCAUCCUCUUCCUGCUACUCCUCGUCGAUUUCGCCGUAGCAGCACAAAACGCCACCGCCGGCGAAGCAGAUGGAUUCCACGUCGGGGUGAUCCUCGACCUGGGAUCGCCGGUGGGCAAAGUGGCGCGGACCAGCGUUCUGCUGGCCGUCCAAGAUUUCUACGCCGUCCACCGGAACUACAGCACGAAGCUUGUUCUCCAUAUUACGGACUCCAUGGGCAGCGAUGUCCAGGCUGCAUCAGCAGCUAUUGAGUUGCUGGAGAAAUACAAAGUGCAGGCCAUCAUUGGUCCCCAGAAAUCAUCAGAAGCUGUGUUCAUAUCCAGUGUUGGAAAUUUAACCCAAGUCCCCAUAGUAUCAUUCACAGCAACAAGCCCCUCUCUCACUUCUGAUAGUAUGCCGUAUUUUGUACGAUCAACACUGGAUGACUCGGCUCAGGUGAAUAGCAUUGCCUCGCUUGUACAGGCCUAUGGAUGGAGAGAGGUGGUGGCAGUAUAUGACGACACCGACUAUGGGAGAGGCAUUCUACCAUACCUCAUUGACGCACUUCAAGAAAUUGAUGUCCGUGUUGGGUAUCGCAGUGUUAUCCCUUCAACAGCAACAAAUGAGGCCAUGGUGCAAGAACUCAAUGGAUUGAUGGCAAUGCAAACAAGGGUAUUUAUUGUUCAUAUGUCAUCCACUAUGACCUCCCUUCUUUUUACAAAGGCAAAAGAGGUAGGGAUGAUGAACAAGGGAUUUGUUUGGAUGACCACAAGUGGAGUGGCAAACAUCAUCGACUCACUCAAUCCAAGUGUCAUUGAGGCAAUGAAUGGUGUGCUAGGAGUAAGAUAUCAUGUUCCCAGAUCACAAGAACUUGACAACUUAUCCAUAAGGUGGAACAGAAUGUACCAACACGAUAACCCGGAGGAGUCACCCUUUAAUAAACUAAGCAUUUUUGGACUAUGGGGCUAUGAUACGGUAUGGGCAUUGGCACAAGCAGCAGAAAAGGUUGGGAUAUCCGGUGCCAGAAAUAAGCAACCAUGGUCCAUUAAAAACUCCACAUGCUUGGAAUCAAUGGUUAUUUCCACUAAGGGUCCUGAACUCUUAAAGGCAAUCGUACAAAACAAAUUCAGAGGUUUAAGUGGUGACUUUGACCUUACAGGCAGACAACUUAAAGUUUCUGUGUUCCAAAUAAUAAACGUGGUUGGGAGAGGUUGUAGAGAAAUCGGGUUUUGGACUAUGAAUAGUGGACUUUCACGGCAGUUAAAGCAAGAAUACUUCAAAAAGACAGGACCAGACUCAAUGCCUGACCUAAAUCCUAUAAUUUGGCCAGGAGAGUCCACCGAAAUACCAAUGGGCUGGGAAAUUCCUACGGUUGGUAAGAAGCUUAGAGUUGGUGUGUGCUCGAGCGAAAAUCCAGAGUUUAUAAACACAUACAAAAAUCCUGCCACAAAUGUAACAACAGCGAGUGGACUGGUAAUUGACAUAUUUGAGGAGGCAGUAAAGAGGCUACAUCAUCCAUUUUCUUAUGAGUACCUAAAUUUUGACACAGCUGAUACAAAAACUUCGGGGAGCUACAAUGAUUUUGUUUAUCAAGUCUAUCGUGGGGAAUACGACAUAGCUGUUGCAGACAUUACUAUAAGAUACAAUAGAUCACUGCAUGUCGACUUCACCGUACCAUACACAGAAUCCGGAGUAGGGAUGAUUGUUCCAUUCAAGGAAAAAGUGAAUACGGAUAUGUGGCUUUUCUUGAAACCACUGAGCAUUGAGAUGUGGUUUGGAAGCAUCAUAUUCUUUAUAUACACAGGAGUUGCUGUCUGGCUGUUGGAGUAUCUAAAUGGCAAUGAACAUGUUCAUGAGGAGGAGCUGGAACACUUUCUAGCUAGAACUGUUCUACGUGUAUGGAUGGUUGUUCUUCUGGUACUUGCAUCAAGUUAUACAGCAAGCUUUGCAGCAAUGCUUACUGUACAGCAGCUUUCACCAACAGUGACUGAUGUUCAUGAACUCCAGAAGAAUGGAGAAUAUGUAGGGUUCCACCAAGGUUCCUAUAUAGAUGGUCUAUUGGUGGAGAUUGGUUUUGAUACAUCAAAGAUCAGGGGCUAUGCUACACCUGAUGAUUUCUAUAGUGCUCUUUCUAACGGAAGCAUUGCUGCGGUUGUACUCGAAGUCCCAUAUAUUAAAUUGUUUCUCACAAAGUACAACAAAGGUUACACAAUGGUGGGGCCUAUUUACAAGAGUGCGGGUUUUGCAUUUGCGCUUCCCAAGAAUUCUCCGCUACGUCCUGAAAUGUCGACUGCAAUACUCAACAUAACCGGAGGAGAUACUAUCAAUCAGUUUGAAAAGAAAUGGAUAGGUCAAAAUAGCCAUGAAAAUGAUGACAUGCCUGAUGGUUCAGGCACUAUCAACUUCGAAAGUUGUGGGGGAUUAUUCCUCAUAUCUGGAAUUGUGACAACCGGUUCCCUUUUAGUAGCCAUGCUGAUGAGCCGCUACAAUAAACAUCAACAAAACGCAGGGAACAAACGGGAUGACCAGAAUGAAUCUGGACCUGGGCAAGAAAAGGAGAAAAUGGAAGAACAAGGAGAUCAAAACAGCAAUGGAGAGGGAACUCAAUUGAUGGAGGGCCAAACAACAUUGUGA